UCAGUGGGCUCUCUGGGAGCUGCGGGUGGGAGUCCGCCGGAGAAGCUGCUAAUGGAAGGAUGAGGCUCCCCGGAGAUUGAGACACCCCGAAAUCCGAGAGGAGACGCCGUGUCCUUCACGGGCUGAGCGGUGUGCACCGUGACUUACGGAAGAGAGAAGCCGGGGUUGGGGGGAGAGGAGAAGACUCUAAGAUGAGUAAGAAGCCUCCGGUUCGCCCUGGAAUCACAUUUGAGGUUGGCGCUCGUUUGGAGGCGCAGGACUACCUGCAGAAAUGGUAUCCAUCCAAGAUAGAGAAAAUGGACUACGAAGAGGGGAAGAUGUUGGUUCACUUUGAACGCUGGAGCAGUCGAUACGACGAGUGGAUUCACUGGGACAGCACCCGCAUCCGUCCUCUCGAAAGACCUGCCCUGCGAAAAGAAGGACUGAGGGACGAUGAGGAGGACGUCGAUUUUAAUGAAGGAGAAGAGGUUCUAGCCCGUUGGACGGAUUGUCGAUAUUAUCCUGCCAAGAUCGAAACCAUAAACAAGGAAGGAACCUACACUGUGCAGUUUUACGAUGGGGUUAUUCGAUGCCUGAAGAAGAUGCACAUUAAGUCUAUGCCAGAAGAUGCAAAAGGCCAGGACUGGAUUGCAUUAGUCAAGGCAGCUGCUGUACUGGUCAAGAGCAAGUCUUCUAACAAACCAAGGACAAGUGUGAACAGCAAUAAAGACAUUAAAGAAGAGAAAAAAAUGCACAAAGUAUCUUCAAAGAAGGAAGAUGUCCCUAUCGGUAAACCGGUGGAACUGUUCCACAAGGAAGAGGAGCCGACGUCGAGCAGGACCCUGGAGAUUGCGUUAGAAGAGGUUCCCAAGCUGCCCCUUCAGUCUCGAGAAGAUGAGGUCUUACUGAAGAGGAAGAUCAGCCAAGCCAGCACCUUCCAAGCAAAGCGUGCCCGGCUAAACAAAAUAACAGGUUUAUUGGCCUCGAAAGCCGUGGUACUUGAUGACGCAGAAAAGAAGCAGCAAGCCACCGAACAGCCUGCAAAGCAGGAAGAGGCCAUUACUCCCAAACACCAGAGUCAAAUUGAAGCAGAUAUAUGCCAUUCUAGUACGGCAGCGAACCCCUUGCUGUUGCCGCCAUCUUUGUCUUCCGGGAAGUCUCGCAGCAAGAAAGACAAACAGGAGUCUGUGGACGCCUCAGGGUGUAAAAAGUCCCCGUCAUUAUCCAUUACUGACCCACUGCUAAACCAAGGUACGCCGCACAACUCAAAUCUUUCUAGGCCUUCUGGGCGUAACAACCAAAGGCGAAGAUCGCGGCGCCUUACAUCGGAAACCUCUGGUGAUGUUCUCCGCAUGCCUUUCAGUGAGGGACAAAGCCUUUUAAGUUACACAGAAACUCCGCAAGACCUUUCCAUACCUAAGGUACCCGAUGUUGCCUUUGUGCCUCAGGAGACGCUUGAACCACUUGACCUAAGCUGUAACGUGGAAAUCAAAACUCCCAUUAUCCCAGAAUCCACCUACCACUGCCCCACUAAAGAAAAGGAACCCUUACAAAUGAUAACCUGUUCUCCAAAAGCAAUAGCUGAUGGCAGAAUAGCCUCGACGUCAUCAGCACUGGAGUCCCACGCACUUUCCUUACACACCACCGUGGCUUUGCCGAACAACUUGAAGCCGCCUAAAGGAAGCAAGAAGAAAAAGUCCUCGGGCGUCUUGAGCACGGAAAUGACGGUGACGUUAUCGGCCACUGCAGCGGAAAACAAACCGCCCGAUCGCCUGCAAGAAAAGAUAAUGAAGAAAGUGAAUGACAAAGACAAGCAGCCGGACAUUGGAGUCGUAAAAUCGGAGAAGAAAAUAAAGUCUGAAGACAAAACCUCUUCUGCUGGUAAGAAAAAAGAAAAAGAUAAGGAGAGAAAAGAGAAGAAGGAGAAGGAUCACUCAAAAUCCAAACAGAAGAAGAAGAAAAAGAAGAAGAAGAAAAAACAUUCAGACUAUGAAGCGAGCUCCUUGGACUUCUUGGAUAGAAGCUCCUCUCCAGUCAUCCGCUCGUCCUCCAGCAUGACUGCCCCAAACAACACGCUGGCCGUGAAGGACAGCACCUUCCAGUUCCCGUGUGCCAUCCUGUCCGUGGAUCUUACUGGAGAAAACCUUUCUGAGAUGGAAUUCCUCGAGGACUCCUCUACCGAGAGCCUGAUCCUCAGCGGGGACGAGUACAAUCAGGAAUUCGACUCUACAAACUUUGAGGAGUCGCAGGAUGAGGAGGAAGGCGUUGGCGAGAUCGUCCGAUGCGUGUGCGAGAUGGAUGAAGAGAACGGCUUCAUGAUUCAGUGCGAGGAAUGUCUAUGUUGGCAGCACAGCAUUUGCAUGGGGCUGCUGGAAGACAGUAUUCCUGAACAGUAUAUCUGCUACGUGUGCAGCGACCCACCAGGUCAGAGAUGGAGCGCAAAAUACAAGUACGACAGAGACUGGUUCAAUAAUGGUCGCAUGUGCGGUCUGUCCUUCAUAAACGAGAACUACUCCUACCUUAAUGCUAAGAAGAUUGUAUCCACGCACCACCUCCUGGCCGACGUGUACGGCGUGACUGAGAUACUACAUGGACUGCAACUAAAAUUUGGGAUUUUGCAGAACACAGACCACCCUGACCUCAGACUUUGGUCCCGUCCAGUGAAGCCUCGGGAAGGAAGUCAAGGAAAAGGUGGAAAGAACAUUAGAGGGCCAACAAACAAGCUGGAUGCCACGGAAGAGACCUAUAUAGCCAAUGAGCACUGCUACCAAAAGCCCCAUGUCUCCGGCGGCGAAAACAAGACGCCAAACGACACCGGAAAGUCUGGGGAUUAUAACAGAGUAAUAGUGGACGGUCACAAGAGCAGUAUUUACACAGAGGAGAAAAGACGAUUAUCAGAUCAUAUCAGUGUAGAAAGGAGGACGGAGCAGGUGGUAUCGACUGACGUGUGUAAUGACAGGAGAGCAGCAGAGGAGCAGCUGGACGCUCGCCUCCAGUGGCAGCUCAAUCUUCUCACCCACAUAGAGAGUGUCCAGAAUGAGGUCACCAGCCGCAUGGACCUCAUAGAGAAGGAAGUAGAUGUCCUAGAGAGCUGGCUGGACUUCACUGGGGAACUGGAGCCCCCCGACCCCCUGACGAGGCUGCCGCAAUUAAAGAGACGCAUGAAACAGCUUUUAAUAGACAUGGGCAAAGUUCAGCAAAUCGCCACACUCUGCUCCGUAUGACGAAAGAGAAGACGGAGGGAUUUGGCUGCGGCCACGGGUUGAACUAUUUUCUUACUUAGGAUACAAAGUUUGUACAGAUUUUAUUGACAUUAUAAAUAAAGUAUAUAUUAUAUUA